AUGGUGUUUAAUCCCUCAAAGACCCACCACCCAGCCACCAAAGGGCCCACCAGUACCCAACUCAAGGACCCACCACCCAGCCACCAAAGGGCCCACCAGUACCCAACUCAAGGACCCACCACCCAGCCACAAAAGGGCCCACCACUACCCAACUCAAGGACCCACCACCCAGCCACAAAAGGGCCCACCACUACCCAACUCAAGGACCCACCACCCAGCCACAAAAGGGCCCACCACUACCUAACUCAAGGACCCACCACCCAGCCACCAAAGGGCCCACCAGUAACCAACUCAAGGACCCACCACCCAGCCACCAAAAGGCCCACCAGUACCCAACUCAAGGACCCACCACCCAGCCAUCAUAGGGCCCACCAGUACCCAACUCAAGGACCCACCGCCCAGCCACCAAAAGGCCCACCAGUACCCAACUCCAGGACCCACCACCAAAGGGCCCACCAGUACCCAACUCAAGGACCCACCACCCAGCCACCAAAAGGCCCACCAGUACCCAACUCAAGGACCCACCGCCCAGCCACCAAAGGGCCCACUAGUACCCAACUCAAGGACCCACCACCCAGCCACAAAAGAGCCCACCAGUACCCAACUCAAGGACCCACCACCCAGCCACAAAAGGGCCCACCACUACCCAACUCAAGGACCCACCACCCAGCCACAAAAGGGCCCACCACUACCCAACUCAAGGACCCACCACAAAGCCACCAAAGAGCCCACCAGUACCCAACUCAAGGACCCACCACCCAGCCACCAAAGGGCCCACCAGUACCCAACUCAAGGACCCACCACGCAGCCACCAAAGGGCCCACCACUACCCAACUCAAGGACCCACCACCCAGCCACCAAAGGGCCCACCACUAG